AUGACGGCAUCCUACGGAGCGGUGACAGAAAUUAUCACAAGGGUACCCACAGCAUUGGGCAGUCGAAGAAAGAACGUGGGCACACGAGAGGGUCAUAGCGGACGUCGAUGUUCUUACACCUUAUCGCCGAAGCAUACGGCACAAACGCAAACAGACAGAACGAAGAACAGCGACAAGGUCAUAGGCCAGGGACGCGCGAACAGUGAGCAGCACGAAGCACACGAGACAGGUAUCUUUAACCAAAGUUCGCCGAUACCAGGGGCCACUCCCACUUAUCCCACUUUGUAG